AUGCUUAGACCAGAAACCUAAGGAUCUAAGACUGAAAUAUCAUUCCUAGAAUUUAUGGAUAGAUGUCAAAAACCAUAUGAAGAAUUUAGAGAUAAAUAUCCUCUUAUAGUUAAAUAUCCAUUUAGUAGUUAAAGAAAGAGAAUGUCUAUGAUUUUAGAUGUUGGAGGAUAGCAAAGAUUAGUAUGCAAAGGAGCUUCAGAAAUGGUAUUAGCUGCAUGUACUUAAUAUCAUUCAAAAUCCAAUGGAGUCACAACAAUCAAUUCUAAAGUGGUUGAAGAUGCUAUAGAGAGUAUGGCUAAGAAAGCUUUAAGGACAAUAUGCUUGGCAUAUAAAAAUAUUUCAAAUAGUGCUGAUUUGACAAGCAAAGAUGAUAAAGGUGUAUAUAAUAUUGAAUAAAAUGAUUUGAUUCUAUUAGCAGUCUUAGGCAUUAAAGACAUUAUAAGAUAAGAAGUGCCUAGAGCUAUCUAAUUAUGUAAGAAAGCAGGAAUCAAAGUCAGAAUGGUUACUGGGGAUAAUAUAACAACAGCAAGGGCCAUAGCAAAUGAAUGUGGAAUCAUUACGAAUCCUGAAGAUAGCAUUGUAAUGGAAGGACCUGAAUUCGUUAGAAGAAUUGGAGGAGUCGUUUGUAAGAAUUGUCAUCCAGGAAAUUUCAGACUGCUUAAAAGGAAGGCAAAAGGUUAAGGAUUGACACUAUAGGCAAAUCCUGAAGAAUUUGAUAAGAUCUAUCCAAAUCUUGAUGUUUUGGCUCGCAGUAGACCAGAGGAUAAAUAUGCAUUAGUAACUGGUUUGAUUGAAAGAGAUCAUGUGGUUGCUGUGACUGGGGAUGGAACAAACGAUGCUCCAGCUCUAAAAAAAGCAGAUGUCGGAUUUGCAAUGGGAGUAUCAGGAACUGAAGUAGCUAGAGAAGCUGCAGCUAUUAUUUUGUUGGAUGACAAUUUCAAUUCAAUAGUUAAGGCUGUUAUGUGGGGUAGAAAUGUGUACGAUAACAUAAAGAAGUUUCUUAGAUUCUAAUUGACUGCUAAUCUAGUGAGUGUUUCAUUGACUUUAAUCGGAGCUGCAGUACUCAGAUAGGAAGUUCUAAGACCAAUUCAAUUGCUAUGGGUCAAUUUAAUUAUGGACACAUUAGGUUCACUGGCCUUGGCAACUGAACCUCCAUCUGAGAAACUGUUGAAUCGAAAACCUCAUGAUAGAAAUGAAUACAUAAUAUCAAAAAAGAUGUUUAAAUUUAUAGUAGGAACAGCUCUCAUUCAAGUGGGAGUUGUACUUGUCAUAGUGUUUUUAGGUGAUAAAUUUCUACCUGAAUAUGAAGAUGCUUAUGAUACAACUGUAUUUAGUGGUCCAAAAAUAAGGUUUAAAUAUAGUAAUCACAAUUGCAUUACAGAUUUUGAAUCAUUAAAAUAAUUGGGAUUAACUAAAUUAAAUGAAACAUCCUCAACUGACAAUCCAGAUGAUUCUGAUAAAUGUUUAAAAACUAAAUGUGUAUGUUCAAAUGAUGAAUGCUAUGAAAUUUAAUGUCCUCCUUGUCUUUAUAAUGAAGACUCAUGUUCAAUUGUGGCUAGUGGAAGAUUAAUGACUGUUCAAGGUGACUAUGACUAUUACAUUAUGUACAACAUAGAACAUGAAGGAAGUAGACAUUUUACUUAUGUGUUUAAUGUAUUUAUCAUGUUGCAAUUGUUUAAUUUCUUGAAUAGUAGAAGAAUAACUGAUGAAAUCAAUUUCCUUGAUAAUAUAAGCAAUCACUCUGCUUUCCUCAUUAUAGUUCCAUUCAUCUUCUGCAUUUAAGUGUUGAUGGUUACUUUUGGAUCUGCAGCCAUUGGAUUGUAUGGUUGUUAUGGUUUAUAAAUAAAAUAAUGGUUGAUUGGAAUUGGAUUUGGUAGUAUCUCAUUAUUAGGAUGCUUUAUUCUCAAAUUCAUCCCUGAAGACAAUUUUUGUAGUUAAAUUGGAUCCCAAAAGAUUUUUCCUGUCUAACAAGAAGUCAAAAUCUCGACAUAAAGAGUUGAAUAAACUCCUAAUACACUUAACAAACAUUAUAACUCAAUAUCGAGAGAUCCAGAGAAUUGA